AUGGAUAUGAUUAGAAAGCGUAUAGGGCCGCUGCCUGGGGGUCGCCGGGGCGCGUCUGGAGCUGGCGCUGGACGCGGCAGCAUGCGGGCCGCCAGCCGAGCGCGAGGAGCUGCAAGAUCACCUAACAGCCCCCCGCAUCCAUCAUCCCCACCAGACGGCUUGAUGUCGGCAGGGUCCUCUCGGACUCGGCAAGCGGCAUCCGCCGCUGGUGGAGUGCGCCGCAUGCGUUGGACAAGAGAUAUGAACGCAAACGCAUUGCGGGCGUACUAUAGGGCGAAAGGGGAAGAAACUAAGGGGAUAGCGUAUCGGGCUCGGAUGCAUUGCUUUUUUGCUGAGCUGGAGCCGUCUAUUCCCGUCACGGAACAAAACCUGGCAGACCGAGUUCGGUACAUCAUGCGCUCGAAAAUAUUUGAUGAUGCCGAGCUCGAACGACUACGGCGUGAGGCCAUUCCCUCAUCGAAUGAAUUGGCUACGGCUGGGGAUGCGGCUCCUCAGGCGACAGACCAGCUGCCACGCGUAGAAGCUGCCAUGGAUCUUCCAGUUGUGGUUGAUUCCGACGAUGAUGAAAUGGUCUCCCACGAACUAGAGCAAAUGAGGAGUAUACUGGAAGAGGCGAUUUUGGAAACGCGCACCAUGCCUCUCGAAAAUCGACCGCGACUUCCCCGCAUACCCCUAAGCAAGCGAAAUCGGGCUGUCGUGAGGGCUCUUAACCCUAUGCUGGUAACCUAUUUGGAAGCCAGCCGGGACCUUUGCGAGACGGACUCAGUUCUUUUUGGCGCCGCAGUGGCAGCUUGCCGUAUUAUUGGCGCCAAACUUCCCCUGGCUGGACGCGCUACUAAACAAAGUAGCGCCAUCCCAGCCUGGAGAAAAAGAAUUGAGGACCGUAUCGCAAAGGCAAGGGCCCUUAUCGGCAGACCGAUAAGCUUCAGGUCGGGUAAUAAUAGACCGAGGGUUGUGCGCUCCGUUAGAAUGGCGUUUGCUGGGACAAAAAUCAGUUUGUCCCAGCCGGAUAUCACGCAGAAACUAACGGAGCGCAUAGACGACCUGAAGCAAAAGAUUGCCGCUUGGGGGAAGCGGAUUCGCCGAUUUACCGAGAGGUCAAGGCGGUUCAACCAGAAUCGUCUCUUCCAGAGUGAUCAGAAGAGGCUCUACAAAUCAUUGGAGCGACCAGAGGUAUGUGGAGCGGGCCCAGGACCGGAUCAGGCUAACACUGUCGCAUUUUGGCGUGGCCUGUGGUCAGAGCCCGUAAACCACAGCGAGGGCUCUUGGACGGAAGUUGUGGCGAGUCAGUGUGCGAGUAUAACGCCCAUGGACCCCGUCAUCAUAACGCCGGAUGACGUAGCUGAGGCGGUCCGUAGAGCCCCGAACUGGAAAAGUCCGGGACUCGACGGACUGCAUCACUACUGGCUGAAGGGGUUCAUGGUGUGUCACGCUGUGCUCGCCCGUCAGUUUCAAGAGGCUCUCAACCAGAAGUCGCUCCCUAGCCUCUUCACUACUGGGAUCACUCAUUUGGUUCCUAAAGACCAGAACCCAACCAGAUGA